AUGGCCAAGACCAUAAAGAUGGAAACCGUCAUGGACGCCAUCAACGACGCGUUAUACGACAGAUCGAAACCAUGGGACGCGGCGUUCGGGAAGGCCGAGGCGCUGACCGGUUGGUCCAGGUUCAAGGUGCUGAUGUGCAUCCUCCUGGUCAACUCGGUGCUGCUCGUGUACGGGGCCAACGCGAAAGUGACGAGCAACAUCAUCGGGCUCGUCUACCCGGCGUUGACCACCCUAUCGCUGACCGUCUCCUCGUCGCUGGUGUGGCGGAAGUACGACCGCGUGUCCACCGCCGAUCAGGCCCGGAACGAGAAGUUCACGUACUGGAUGACGUUCACGGCAGUGUUGAUCGCGGAAUCGCUCUGCCGGCCAGUGGUGCGACUCAUCCCGUUGUACCGGACGUGCAGGACGUGGUUUUUGGUUUGGUGUUUCGCGCCGAUCCGUCACAACGGUUCCGGGUACAUAUUCGACAUGGUCGUACGACCGUGCUUCAAGUGCGGCGUUACUCUGAGACCUCUUUCGAGAGAAUAA